AUGUACACUAUUCACGCAGGACGACGGACUCAAAUGAAUGUACUCUCCCCAUUGGUUUUUAAAAUAUCACUAGAACCAUUAGUGCAAUAUCUGGAACUAUGUGAAGGAGCAAGUAUCGCUGGUUGUUGGCACAUUAGUACAGGAGCUUGGUUUGAUGAUUUGAAUUCCUUUUCUAACAAGUUGGCAAAUAUCGAAGGAAUGUUAAAUGACAUUGAGCUGUUCUUAAGAGGAUACUAUAUGGAAUUGGACCACUCAAAAACAGAAAUUGUAUCUCUAAAAAAAGAAAAGGAGAAGGAGAAAGAUAAAGAAUUAGAUGAAUUAAGGAACGAAAUUGAAUCUCUAAAAAAAGAGAAAGAAUUGGAGGUGUUGAAGAUAGAAAAGGAGAAAGAUAAAGAAUUAGGAGAAUUAAAGAAGGAAAAGGAAUUGGAGGUAUUGAAGAUGGAAUUAUUAAAGAAAGAUAAAGAAAAGGAAUUGGAGGUAUUGAAGAAGGAAUUUAAUGAUUUUAAAAAAGAUAUAGAGAUUACUAAUUUGAAAAAAGAAUAUGAAGAGUUGACAAAACUUCUCAAUUAUCGUAAAAAAAUAUCAUCUAACUAUGAGGCCUUGGGACUAAAUAAAAUUCAUGUCGGUUUUUCAAAAGCUAUUGAGCGAAGAAUCUGCUUGUUUCGAAGACUUAAACAACAAGAUCGUUUGGUUAAUGUAAAGGAACAAAUGGGUUUGUGGUCUCUCCAAACACCCGACCUUGAUAAAGGUCCGGUGUUUGUGGGAUUUUCUGCAUAUUUUGUCAAUUGA